AUGGCAGCAGGAGACUGCUACCUGUUCGACGGGCUGGACCCAGCGGCCCUGCCAGCAGAGUGCUCCGAGCAGAGCGAGCAUGACUUGAAGCGCAUGGGGGCCUUCCUUCGCUUCCGGCGCUUCGUGGCUGGAGCCGUGGACGACUGGUGCCGUUCGCAGGGCCUACCGGAGAACCGUCUCUACCAGGCUCUGUCCAAGGCUGCGGCCACUGCGCAAGAGGGGAAGGAGACGAACGGCACCAUCCUUCUCGAGCUCCUCGCCGCUGCAGAAGACUUUGGCACAUUCGCUGGCUACAUGGCCGGGGAAGCUGAAAGCCGGCGGGGGCACGGCGCAAGCCCGCCACCGUGGCAGCAGGGCUAUGGAGCUGCCCAAGGCUCUUGA